GCCGGCCCGCAGUUGCCGCAUAGUGCUGCGAUUUUAGGUCUUCCUCCCAAGCGAUGCGGCGAGACAGAGCGACCCGAUAGGUUCCCCCGCGACCGGAGCGCCGCCAUGGACGCCCUUCCUCCUCCGGUUCCGACGGCCUUUCCUUCUCCCUCUACUACUUCCCCACCUCCAGCGCUCCCCUUCUUGGUCGGUUCGUCGGCUCCUCCCUCGAUUCCCAUCUUGGUCGGCGACGGGCAGCCGGAGGCUAGGCCGGAAAUGAAGGCAAGCAAGAUAUGGUUCGAUGGCGGAGAGCCACAUCCUGGCACGGACGGCGUGGGGAGGGUGGACGGCCAAGAGAUCGAUGGCGGUGAUCCACAACCUGGCACAGACGACGGUGCUGAUCCACAGUUGUGCAUCGACGUCGGCGGCAAGAAGCGGUCGCAGUGCAAUAACAAUGAGCGCAGGAAGCCCAACAAAAGCUCCAUCAUCCCCACCAUCAACAAGGUGCGCUGUCAUGGCUGCCAGAUGCAGAAUCCAUGGGGGCAAACCAUGUUCGCUGUCGUACGGAAGCCAUGCCACAAUGGGCAUGCAUGACACUUAUUCAAUGGCUCAGGACCAUCGAGCAUGAUCAAGAAGAAAUACAGAAUGUUCUGAGCAGGUAUGUACAUUCCAACGACAGAUGCUCUAUUUCAAAAUUCUAAGCUUCCUGGCGGUUUUAUCUUGGUGACGAUAUGCUAUUGCUUCAGAUAUUAGAAAGCUGAAAUGAUCAGAAUAAUUUAAAUAUAAAAUGUUUAUAAGAACAGGUAUCAGAAUAAUUGCAGCCGUAUUGGUACUCUUGGCACAUCCUAUGCGAUGCUAUUAUCAGAAAAAAUGGAACGGUAGCAAUUCCAUUAUGACACAUGCUUGGCUAAAUCACCUGUCACCAGGACAUGUACAAAUUUCGGAGCCCACUCCAUCCAUAGACUUAGGAAUGUGCCGUCUCUCACCCCCAUCAAGUACCAUGCUUUGAUCCAAGUUGGUGCUCAGAGAAUUGUUUGCAGAUGACUGGGAUAAAAUUCUGAAUUUAAAUUUGUUUAAAAGAAUAUUACAUAUGUGAGUACUGAGUAUAAUGCAAAACAAAAAUUGACCUUCUCGGCUCAAUCCUCUAUCAAGAAGCAUAUGAAAAUCAUAAAAUUAAAGUAAUCUGAUUAUCUAUGAAAUACCUUAGUUUCAAAUGGAGUUGAGAUGACCACUAUAUAAGAGUUGCGUGUUAUGAAUCUACAUACAGGAUUGGUAAGUAUUUGUUGUUUACUCGACAGUUUACCUUUAAAUACGACAUUGCAUUGUGUUUCACAGUGUAAACUGUUUGUAUGCAAAACUAAGAUCGAUGACUUGCAGCGCAACCAGAACUGGUGUUUUCUUUCAUGUGAUGGUUGUACUUGGAAGUUAAUUCUAGAAGAUACUGUUUAGAGGUAUUCCGAGGAGCAUGCUCAAACUAAACCACGAGCCUACUUAAUAGGAUUUUAGUUUACUUCAAAUAAUUAUUAUAUUGCAGCAGGAGAAAGCUUUGUUGUUGAGGUGGUUUUAUUUUGUGAUAUAUUACCUCUGUACAGGUAAAACGUCUUAUAAAUCGGUACAGAGGGAGUAGGCCAAGACUGAAAUCAGUAAAAGUGUUAAUGUUCCGGUGACUGAAACCCAUAUGUGGUGUCUAUCGAGCCUGCGGAAAUCUCUAUUUUGGUUUGGAGGAAUUAGUUCAUGGGUGUCACCAUUUCAUAGUAGUAAUUCUUAGAGAAGACCUCCCUUUCCAAGUCCUUCGGUUUUACCAAUAAGGCUACAUUAUUUUUGCUGCCUUUGCAUCAUCUGGAUCAGAUGCCGGCAAAACAUGGUUCAGGAUUAUUACAUGCUUUUCUGUUUGCAUUGUGUAAUACUCACCUAUUGUUUGCUAAAGCCUGGCAAGGAAGUGGCGACAAGGGGGUCGAGUCACCUGGGAUUGAUGCAGCUCUUCUUUCAGGAUCAGACACUCCACCUGCUGUUUUGGUUUGUAUGGAAACGGUUAUUAGUUUAGCCCUUUCAACCCAGUGACUUAUAAUGUUCAAUUGAGGAAGCCUCUGCCACAGAAUCGACGGGCAGUGAGAAGUCCGGGGAUAUAGUUGAUGCCAUCUGACCAAUUUUCCAAAAAAUGCAGUGCCUCGGGCGUUGAUUUAUUGUUGCCUCACAUUUCGUAGAUGGUUGUUGGUCGCCGGCAUUGAAGAAAAUUUGUUUGACAAUGCACAAAGAGGUCGACCAUAUGUUUCAUGCCGAGACAUUAUGGUUGCUGGACUACAUCCAUUUUGAUUGUAUCCUAUUUGCCUUUUUUUAGGCCAGCCUAUGAAUAAAUGUAUCAACAGCGACAAACUUUUUAUUUGUUGCGGACUAAGAGGUGAAAUUGAGGUCAUGAUGUUGUCUACCCUAUUCA